AUGGCCGACUUCGAUGAGACUUCCAUCGAUGAGGAAUUCUACGAGGAGGCCGAUGAGGGCAUCACCUCGGAGGAUUGCUGGACAGUAAUUCAAUCCUUCUUUGAUGCGAAGGGUCUCGUCUCCCAACAGCUGGACUCGUUCGAUGAAUUCAUUUCAUCAACUAUGCAAGAGCUUGUUGAGGAGCAAGGCCAGGUAGUUCUCGAUCAAACUCUCCCGCCUUCCGACGAUGAGAUUAAUCCCGUUGUUGUGCGCCGCUACGAGCUCAAAUAUGGAACUGUCAUGCUUUCGCGCCCCUCGGUAACUGAAGGCGAUGGUGCGACUACGAUCAUGCUGCCGCAAGAAGCCCGUCUGCGAAACCUCACAUAUGCGUCCCCACUCUACCUCGGCGUUACAAAGAAGAUCCAGGAAGCCCGCGAGAUCACGGGCAAGCCCCACGACGAUGACGAUAACGAGGACGAUGGCGAACAGAAACCCAAGGGCUCAUACCUCGAGUGGACGACAAAGGAACUGCCGCAGGAGCAGAUGAAGGAGGAGACGGUGUUCAUUGGAAAGAUGCCCAUUAUGCUGAAGUCGAAAUACUGCAUUCUCAAGGAUCUGAACGAGGCUUCCCUCUAUGCCUGGAAUGAGUGCCCCUACGACUGUGGUGGUUAUUUCGUCAUCAACGGCAGUGAGAAGGUCUUGAUCGCGCAGGAGCGCAGUGCUGGCAACAUCGUUCAAGUUUUCAAGAAGGCUCCUCCGAGUCCGACACCCUACAUUGCUGAGAUCCGUAGUGCAGUCGAGAAGGGCUCGCGCAUGCUUUCCUCGCUUACUCUCAAGCUUUUCGCCAAAGGUGACAGUGCCAAGGGAGGAUUUGGCCCGACCAUUCGCUCCACUCUUCCUUACGUCAAGGCCGAUAUUCCCAUUGUCGUCGUUUUCCGUGCGCUCGGAGUCGUUUCCGACGAAGAUAUCCUCAACCACAUUUGUUAUGACCGCAACGAUACCCCGAUGCUCGAGAUGUUGAAGCCCUGUAUCGAGGAGGGCUUUGUCAUCCAGGACCGUGAAGUCGCUCUGGAUUUCAUUGCUAAGCGUGGCUCAUCACAAACCAACCUGAACCAUGACCGUCGUGUGCGCUACGCCCGGGACAUCAUGCAAAAGGAACUACUGCCCCACAUCUCGCAGAGUGAGGGAAGUGAGACCCGCAAGGCCUUCUUCCUUGGCUACAUGGUGCAUCGACUUCUUCAGUGUGCCCUGGGUCGUCGUGAUGUCGACGAUCGUGAUCACUUCGGUAAGAAGCGACUUGACUUGGCUGGCCCGCUUUUGGCUAGUUUGUUCCGGACUCUGUUCGCCCGCGUCACCAAAGAUCUCCAGCGUUAUGUGCAGCGAUGCGUCGAGACCAAUCGCGAGAUUUACCUCAACAUCGGUAUCAAGGCCAGCACACUGACCGGUGGUCUGAAAUAUGCUCUUGCCACUGGUAACUGGGGCGAGCAAAAGAAGGCGGCUUCGGCUAAGGCUGGUGUGUCCCAGGUGCUGAGUCGUUAUACUUUCGCCUCGUCCUUGUCUCACCUUCGUCGGACGAACACACCAAUUGGCAGAGAUGGAAAGAUCGCAAAGCCUCGCCAGCUCCACAAUACCCAUUGGGGUCUGGUCUGCCCGGCUGAGACUCCUGAAGGUCAAGCUUGUGGCCUGGUCAAGAAUUUGGCAUUGAUGUGUUACAUUACAGUCGGUACACCUGCCGAACCCAUCGUGGACUUCAUGAUUCAGCGCAACAUGGAAGUCCUUGAGGAAUUUGAACCCCAAGUGACCCCCAAUGCAACCAAGGUGUUUGUCAACGGUGUCUGGGUGGGUAUCCAUCGGGACCCGUCGCAUCUUGUUGCCACAAUGCAAAAUCUACGUCGGCGCAAUAUGAUCUCCCAUGAAGUCAGUUUGAUUCGUGACAUUCGUGAGCGGGAAUUCAAGAUCUUCACCGAUACGGGACGUGUUUGCCGCCCGCUCUUCGUGAUUGACAAUGAUCCAAAGAGUGAGAACUCGGGUGGAUUGGUCCUCAACAAGGAACACAUUCGGAAAUUGGAGGCCGACAAAGACUUGCCUGUGGACAUGGCCCCUGAAGAACGUCGCGACCAAUACUUCGGAUGGGAUGGUCUAGUGCGGUCUGGUGCAGUUGAGUACGUUGACGCAGAAGAAGAGGAGACAAUCAUGAUUGUCAUGACACCGGAAGAUCUCGAGAUUUCACGACAGCUUCAAGCUGGUUACGCCAUGCCAGAAGAUGAGACUGCAGAUCCCAACAAGCGUGUGCGGUCGGUUCUCAGCCAGCGCGCCCACACCUGGACACACUGCGAAAUUCACCCGAGUAUGAUCCUGGGUGUCUGCGCCAGUAUCAUUCCCUUCCCUGAUCACAAUCAAUCGCCGCGUAACACAUAUCAGUCUGCCAUGGGUAAACAAGCUAUGGGUGUUUUCCUGACGAACUUCUCCCAGCGCAUGGAGACCAUGGCCAAUAUUCUCUAUUACCCACAGAAGCCAUUGGCCACCACCCGGUCAAUGGAGUUCUUGCGAUUCAGAGAGUUGCCCGCCGGGCAGAACGCCAUUGUCGCAAUUGCAACAUACUCGGGUUACAACCAGGAAGAUUCCGUUAUUAUGAAUCAAAGCAGUAUUGAUCGCGGUUUGUUCCGCAGUCUCUUCUACCGUACCUAUGCGGACACGGAGAAGAUGGUGGGUCUCCAAGUCGUGGAGAAAUUUGAGAAGCCUAUGCGGCUGGACACCCUUGGCAUGCGCAAGGGUACUUAUGACAAAUUGGAUGAAGACGGUAUUGUCGCUCCUGGCGUGCGUGUUUCCGGAGAGGACAUUAUCAUCGGCAAGACGGCUCCGCUGGCCGCCGAUGCCGAAGAGCUCGGCCAGCGCACCAAGGCACACACAAAGAUUGACGUUUCGACGCCACUGCGUAGUACCGAGAACGGUAUCGUUGACCAAGUGCUCAUUUCCACUGGUAACGAUGACCUGAAGUUCGUCAAGGUCCGCAUGCGUACAACCAAGAUUCCCCAGAUUGGUGACAAGUUCGCCUCUCGUCACGGACAGAAGGGUACAAUUGGUAUCACUUACCGACAGGAGGACAUGCCCUUCACUCGCGAAGGUGUUGUGCCCGAUUUGAUUAUCAACCCCCAUGCUAUUCCCUCUCGAAUGACCAUUGCCCACUUGAUCGAGUGUCAGCUCAGCAAGGUUUCUGCGCUUCGCGGAUUCGAGGGUGAUGCUACUCCCUUCACCGACGUCACUGUCGACUCAGUUUCUCGUCUGCUGCGCGAGCACGGCUACCAGUCGCGUGGCUUCGAGGUCAUGUACAAUGGUCACACCGGACGCAAAAUGGUGGCACAGGUUUUCUUGGGACCGACCUACUACCAGCGUCUGCGCCACAUGGUCGACGACAAGAUCCACGCUCGUGCCCGUGGUCCCACUCAGAUUCUGACUCGCCAGCCCGUAGAGGGUCGUGCUCGUGAUGGUGGUCUCCGUUUCGGAGAGAUGGAACGCGAUUGUAUGAUCGCGCAUGGUGCUAGUGCUUUCUUGAAGGAACGUCUCUUCGACGUUUCUGAUCCUUUCCGUGUUCAUAUUUGCGAUGAUUGUGGCCUCAUGACUCCCGUUGCCAAGCUCAAGAAGGGUCUCUUCGAGUGUCGUCUCUGCAACAACAAGCACCGUAUCUCGCAGGUGCAUAUCCCCUACGCCGCCAAGCUGUUGUUCCAAGAGCUGGCCUCAAUGAACAUCGCCGCUCGGAUGUUCACCGAUCGUUCUGGGGUUUCGGUUCGUUAA